AAAGGAGAAAGAAAAGAGCGAUGAGAAGCAGUCGGGAGGAGCGGAGGAGGAAAUCCCGCAGCUGGCUUUAAGGGUUUUUUCUUAUAUGCAAUCUUGUCAAUAAAAUGGCAACUCUAAAUAAUGCAGAAAAUAGUGAAUAUACUACCUCACCCAUUCGUGGACCUGGUGAUGGCAUGGAAACAGAGCAGCCUUCAAAAUCUGUUGAAGUAAUCCUCAACACAACUAGCCAUGCCCAUCGAAGCCCACACAAGAAACUUCUUCCACCACUAAGUCCUGGAGUUCUUCAGCUGGGGAAAGUAUAUGGUGACAAGGCUGUGGAAAUUGAAGCUGUACGAAUAAUAGUUCCUAAAGCUUCUAUAAACCAUGUGGUACCUGUUAAAAAUACUAAAGGAUCUAAAUCCUCAGGUCCACAAAAAGAGCCCCUCGGUCUGUCCGAUGGAAUUUCAUCAGAUAAUAAGAAAGAACUGCUGGAGCUAAGAAGUGAAAUAGGAAAGCUUAAGAAUUCAGAAAAGAGAUUGUUACAGGAUAAGGAAGGCCUUUCCAAUCAACUCCAUGUGCAAACAGAGGUCAAUCGGGAGUUGAAAAGGUUACUUGUUGCUUCUGUUGGAGAUGACUUGCAAUAUCAUUUUGAGCGUAUGGCACGUGAAAAAAAUCAACUGAUUCUUGAAAAUGAAGCCCUUGGGCGGAAUGUGUCUCAGUUGUCUGAGCAGUUAGAACGGAUGUCUAUACAAUGUGACGUUUGGCGAAGCAAAUUCCUAGCAAGCAGAGUCAUGUCUGAUGAGUUGACUAACUCCAGAGCAGUUCUCCAGCGUCAGGCCAGAGAUGCACACAGUGCAAUUCAGGACCUUUUAAAUGAACGUGAUCAGUUUCGCCAAGAAAUGAUUGCUGCACAAAAACUAUUAGAGGAGCUCCUGGUUUCUCUACAGUGGGGAAGGCAGCAGACAUACUACCCUAGUGCACAUCCUCAUAGUACGGUGGAAUUGGCUGCUGUAAAUCAUAAGCUUGCUAGAGCAGUAACUUUACAUCUACUUGGAAACUCUAGUAUUGCUAACAGUCCCAAAAAUGGCUCUUCGUCCACAGAACUCUGCAAUACCCCUGCUGAGAAAAUGGCUGAAAUGGUAUUAAGAAUGCUGGAUUCUGGCAAAUGUACAGAAGUAUCAGAACUUUCUUUUUCGGAGCCUUCAACAGCAUCUUUUCUUUCCCCAAAGAAAAAUAUUGGACGAUUUCAUCCGUAUACUAGAUAUGAGAACAUAACUUUCAACUGUUGUGAUCGCUGCAAAGGAGAAUUACUUGUUCUUUAA